CAACAUGCACUGCUCUAAUAAAAUCAGAGAGGAUAAUAUAGCUAGGUGAUGGAGCCCUCAGAUCCAAUAUGUAUGUCUUAUUGCCUCCCUUCUUCACGUGAUGAUCCUACUGACUCCAAACUUUUGCCUGCCAUGAACCGGGCGAGUCAUCAGCUUCAGCCCCUACCUCUACUGAGCAGCUUCCUUGGUUCAACUCCAUUUAGCUCAAAACCUAACCCUACGACUCGUGAUGAUGCUGGAGAGGAGGACGUUACGGUAGCCCUACACAUAGGACUCCCCCAUAAUUCCGGUACUGAUUCUGCAGGUCCAAACGGAGCUAUCAGUGAAGUCCAAGUACCUGGCAAUUACUGGAUACCAACCCAAGAACAAAUCCUCAUCGGAUUCAGUCAUUUCUCUUGUCCCGUCUGCCUCAAAACCUUCAACCGCUACAACAAUCUCCAGAUGCAUAUGUGGGGACAUGGAUCACAGUACCGAAGAGGACCAGAGUCGCUGAAAAGAACACAUCCGAGGCCGUUGUUGGACAUCCCAUGCUAUUGCUGCGCGAGAGGAUGCAGGAACAACAUAGAGCACCCGAGGGCAAAGCCUCUGAAGGACUUUAGGACGCUGCAGACGCAUUACAAGAGGAAGCACGGAAGCAAGCCCUCUAUGUGUCGCAGGUGUGGCAAGACAUUGGCGGUGAAGGGCGACUGGAGAACUCACGAGAAAAAUUGUGGCAAGCGAUGGCUUUGUGUCUGUGGCUCUGACUUUAAACACAAGAGGUCGCUUAAGGACCAUAUCAAAGCCUUUGGCUCUGCUCAUUACCCUCUCUCUUCUUCCUCCGAUGCCAUCUGA